GAAAGUGGGUGGCACUUUGAAGGUGAUUCCUACCCCACAAUUCAAGAGCUAGUACGCAAGCAGUACGAGUCUGGUCGGCCAGUCACAUCAAAAACAGGCGUCAUUCUGAAAACUCCAAUUUUUCGUGAAUGGGAGUUGCUUAAUGAUGAUAUUGAAUUGAAAGAGAAAAUAGGAUUU